GGCCUCCUGCCUGGUCCGGCCGGCGGCUGGGGGCUGGCUGGGGGUGGGCUCCCUCUCCAGCCCCUCCCCGGCCGUAUAAAGGCCGGUUCCCCCCGCGGCCAGCCGUCCCAGCCCCGCUCGGACGCAGCGGCGGAGCAGCGGCCGUGCCGGCGGGGGGAAGGCUCCCCGAGGGGCCCCGGGGGCUGCCCCCAGCAGGGCGGGGGGCGCCGGCCAUGGCCUUCACCAUGCUGCGCCCCGUGGCCGCCCGCGUGCUCUACCCGGACCUGGGCAUGCUGUCGGAGGACGAGGAGAACCGGAGCGAGAGCGACACCUCGGACCAGUCGUACGGCUGCUACGAGGCCGUGGAGGCGCGCCGCAAGGUGGCCCGCAAGCCGGGGCCCAUGGUGAUGGUGAAGCAGAGGCAGGCGGCCAACGCGCGCGAGCGGGACCGGACCCAGAGCGUCAACACGGCCUUCACGGCCCUGCGCACCCUCAUCCCCACCGAGCCCGUGGACCGCAAGCUGUCCAAGAUCGAGACCCUGCGCCUGGCCUCCAGCUACAUCUCGCACCUGGCCAACGUGCUGCUGCUGGGCGAGGGCUGCGAGGACGGGCAGCCCUGCUUCAGUGCCAUCUACGGGGCCAAGGGCGACCUGGACAGCAAACAGCCCCGCAGCAUCUGCACCUUCUGCCUCAGCAACCAGCGCAAAGGGGGCGGCCGGAGGGACCUCGGGGGCAACUGCCUGAAGGUGCGGGGGGUCACCCCGCUGCGGGUGUCGCGGAGAUGAGCCGGGGCCGCGAGCACCCCACCGGAGACAGCGGCACAGCCGGCCGCAGCCCGCGCGCGCCAGCCCCACAG